AUGUCGAAUCUUCCAGCCGCUGAUAUGCUUGGUCUUGAUGAGCUUUCCCAGGUACUUGGCUUUCUCAGUUGGAAGGAAUUGCUAAAGUCCCGGGUGUGCAGCAAAUGGAGAGAAGCCGUGAAAGUGACGCUUGUCCCUCCGUCCAUGUCAAGAAAGAUUAGCUGGAUGGAGAAUCCAGAUUACUUUAUCGUCAAUCGAGAGUACGCACUUGCAUUGAAUUGGGUUGUGGAUGCUCUACCGAGAAUUCAAACCAUCCAUACUGGUUUCUUUUUGAAAGGAACGACAACCUUCAUGGUGGAGAAGGGUGACGCUCCGAUCGAAUCGUAUGUCUACCACCCUGAGAACCGAGAAAGUCCUUGGAUUGACUUUCGAGUCCUUACCAGACUACGGGAUCUAAGAAGUCUCAGCUUGGAAGGCUUGAGCUUUAACGGGUCCUACGAUUACCUUUUCAAUUUUCCUAAACUUGAGGUUCUGAACAUCACAUAUACUGGACAUCUGCGAUGGGAUCUCAGUAUGGUCGCUCAGUUACCGAAGCUCAAGAAACUACACGCCACGGAAAACAGUGAGCUUACCGGAAAUCUUGAGAGCCUAAAGGUGAUCGGAUCGACAUUGGAAGAAAUCGUUCUGUCGAAAUGCCAAAAGGUCGAAGGCUCGAUCAAGAGUCUCGCCAAGUUCCCACGCCUGAAGAAGCUGAGUCUUACGAAAACUAAGAUAAUAGGUGACAUUCGAGAAAUUGGUAAAGACGACUUUGAGGCACUGUCUGAAGUAGACUUGCCUUCUGGCGUGUACGGCGGCGAGGUCAUUAAAAAAAUUGAAGAUGCACCUGAUAUCAUGCAGGUAUGGUAUCGACUCAACAAACGAAACCCAGGUUUGUCGGGUUAUCCCCGGUGGAAUCUGUCCGAAGACUCGCCUCAACACUAUGCGGCUGACGGCCACCCUCCCAGAGACCCACCCUUCGAAAUUGAAUUUGUGAGAGCUGAAACCAGAUUGGGUUGGCGAUGGACCAACUGCAUGGCUCAUGGGUCUUGCGAGACAAACUGGUUCGAUCCCGAACCUGAUCCGACAGAUCCACGAUACGACGCAUACUUGAUUCAUUUCGAACGGCUAGCGAAGGAUGUUUCUUUCUACGAAGGUUUCCAUUCGCCACCGACUCAAAUGCAGUACGAAGAGUUGAACGAUACUAUCCCACCGCCCCUCAUACCUAACAGAAACAACUUUGCAUCUUUGAUGCACGAUUAUGUUUCAGAUGAUGACAAUAUGCCAGAUCUGAUAGACCGAGACUAA